CUAAGCAGGGCGCAUUGGAAGCCGCUGCUGCUACUGGUCAACACACAUUUCCGGAGAGUUUUGCAAGCCUUCCUUUCUUUGCCUUGGUUGGGAGUCUCUGGCAACCGCUGCCCAGGAUAAGGAGUCUCACCCACGGAGAGCAGCUUGGAUCCAUCAUCGAAACUCUCCUGGGCCACGGGAUGGACCACGCGGGAAAGUGGUGGCUGCUGGUCCCACUCGCCCUCGGUUUGGCGCCCCAGGAAGUGCAGUCCGCAACCUUCAAAGUGACCGUUCCUUACUCACGCUACAUCUGCCCUGAAGGUCAAAACAUCACCUUGACUUGUAAACUCAGUGGGAGUCUCGCUAACAGACACGAUGCCCUUUCCAAAAUGUGGUACUUGAGCAACAAGAGCUGUUCUCAGAGAAAGUAUGUCCGCAACAUCACAAUGAAGGAGUUGCAUCAUGAAUCCGGGAAGCACCACUGGCCACCUGCUAGCAAUGGCACUGCUGGAAAAGCCUCCUCCAGACAGCAAGAGAACUAUCAUGGGGUGGAGACCUCAUCAGACCACCAUGGCACCUUCCAAAUCACCAUGGCAAACCUUAAUCUGCAGGACAGUGGGCAUUAUUGUUGCUUUGUGGUGGAAGUGAAAAAGGAGCACAACAAGCCACAUGCUGAACAGCAGGUUCAUGGAGUUAUGGAACUUCUCAUACAGAAAGCAAACGGAACUUUUUCAAACUGUACGCUUCAUUCUGACACCACCAGAGAGAGUGAAAGCAUCACUGCAGCUGCACUUGCAACAGGGGCCUGCAUUGUGGGCCUCCUAUGCCUGCCCCUCAUCCUUCUCCUCAUUUACAAGCAGAGACAAGCAAUCACUAACAGACGAGCUCAUGAACUUGUCAGAAUGGAAAGCAAUGCCCAUGGCAUUGAGAAUCCUGUUUUUGAUGAUGUUCCUGCUGUUAAUUCAGAAGACCAGGCCAGACCACAGUUAAGCUAUAUGGCUAGCCGUUUGCCUUCAGAAUCAGGCCGGCACCUUCUUUCAGAACCAAAUACUCCACUCUCACCUCCGGGGCCAGGAGACUGUUUCUUCCCAUCACUGGAGCCUGUUCCAGAUUCACCAAAUUUAAUAGAUGUAUCAACGAAUAAUGUUUUUCAUUGAAUCAUUCGAGGAAGUAUGAACAAGGUUUGGCUUGCUGCUUUCAAAAAUGGCAGGAGGAAUGAGUACAAAGAAGAGGAAGAGGAAUAGUUUUAAGGGACUAUUUCCUAGUAACAUUUCAAAAUACUGAUGUACUCCUUGCCCUUCCUUCCAAGGAUUUCAAGGCAAAGAUAAAGUUUUGGAAAACAAUAACAUUCUAAGAUUCUUCUGCCAGUUUUUCUAAUUUUUUACUUCACAGAGCUAUUUAUCACUUUAUGAACACUUUUGAAUAUGAAUUCUUAAAUAGGGUGUGGUUUCACUGCAGCGGAACUGGAACUGGAGAGAAGAUGUUUAAAUUAUAAUCAUAUAGCAGAAGAGUUAUGCAAACAGCCAACAAAGCCUUAACUGAAGAGGGAUCUCCCUGCCAUCUAAAUACCUUCUGCCAUGGAAAUAUUGGUGGAUUAAAAAACAAAACACAAGAAUAUUCUUUCAAGCAAAGUUUAUUAUGUUUUAUACAGGUCUCAUUGUAUAUGUGUUAUUUUUACAUUUGUGCCAUUUUUAUAUGGGGUGUCUCUGUCUAAUAAGCAACAAGGUAUUUUAUAUGCAUCCUGGCUUGAAAUAUUUCACAUAACAUGAAAAAAGUCUUGCUUGCCUGCAGUUCUAACGCUAAUUUUUUUUAUAAAUUACAGCUUUAAUUUUCCUCUUAAUGCUUUCUAAGUACACAUAUAAAAUGAUGGCAGUACAUCAAAAUGUCAAAAUCAAUCUUUUCAAACCAAUCUGAAUGUUUCAGCCUAGUUUGAUUUCUAUCAGAGACAGAGAGGUUAUUUCUUAGAGAAAAUGUACAGUGCAUUUCAUAAUGACAAUACAUGUCAUAUGAAAACUGGAAAACAUGUUUUAACCAGCAUAGGUUAAUCCAGUUUCACAGUCCAUCCAAUCCACCAUUUAAACUGUGGUGGAAGGCAAAGUGACAGGCUCAUUGAUUGCAUCACAUUCAUGGAUAGAUGGUAUCAAGGGCUUUUCGGACAGAACAACAACAACAACAACAACUUUAUUUAUACCCCGCCACCAUCUCCCCAAGGGGACUCAGGGCGGCUUACAUGAGACGAAGGCCAAUAAAUAAUAUAUCAGUAAAAAUAACAUAGCAGCAAAAUACAAUACAAUACAAUACAUUAUGAAUAAUAUAUAAGCAGUAAAAUUUAAAAUACAAGAAUCCAACACUGUGGGCAGGGCCAAAUGUAAUAAAUUAGAGUUGGGGGCCACCAUAGAGAAGGCCCUCUCCCCCGUCCCCACCAAUUGUGCCUGCGAGGGGGGUGGAAGCGAGAGCAGGGUCUCUCCGGACGAUCAAAGAAAUCGCAUGGCUUCGUAAAUAGAAAUGCAGUCACACAUUUCUUGUUGAAAGGGAGAGCUUAUACACAUCAGCACGAUAACUGAGACACUUGUCUCUUCCCUCCUCACUUCUUUUGGGCAAUGUUUUUUUAGAUUACUACUUCUUAAACUGUGUCCUGAUUCAAAAUGGGUUCCCUUAGCUCAAUGUUGAAGUUGAGAAAAAAAUGGAAACAGUAAAUCUAGUGGCUCUUUGAAACAUUGAAAACAAUCUGUUCACAAAUAUGUGUAGUGUGUACAGUGGACUAAACAGAAAAUGCUUCAGCUGUACUUCAUAAAAAGGAAAAUCAGACUGUUUAGCAAGUCUUGCAAAUGCUGAUUUAUUAUCAGUAAAUGUUUGAUUUUUAUACUUAUUUUAUAUUCUAUAUAUCAGGCUCCUAUUCCAUGUCCUCUCUCCGGUAGAAGGUAGCUGAUAUUUCUCUCUGGCUUCACCCUAACUUAUAGGAUACUCAUAUAAAGAUUUGGAAAUGCACAUGUGUUUGAUUAGUCCUUCUGUGUGAUACCAUUAUAGUUUCAACUGUGUUGCAUUAUGUGUUAAAAUAAGCUUUACAAUAUAUAAACCACUUAUGGACAAAACCAGCUGUUCCAUAGGUUGUGGUUUAGCUUGCAAACCAUUGUAAUCAUUCGAAGUGACUUAAAUGUGAUUUCAACAGUUCAAAUAGAUGAAAAGUUUAAAAAAUGGCUGUUACCUUGAACUUUCUCAGAAUGAUUACAUCACUGAAACAGAUGGAAACCUUCAAGGCUACUUGGAAAUGAUCCCUAGUUAUAUCAGACCAUAAUAAAAAGCCGUUUGAAACACACAGCUUACUGCCAUUUAGUUAGAUAGCAUAACUUGAAAACUAUAUCACUAUGUAGCACGCAAAUUAACUACAGAAUUGCUCUUAAAUGUUGUAGACUCCUUCCUUUGCCAAAUAUAUGAAGCCUGACUGAUUCUGCUCAUUCUUCUGCUGCAAGGUGGCUUUAGCAAAGCGAUUAUGAUUGAUCUAAAAACUUAUUUUAUUAGUAGAUCUGUUAGCUAAAUAUGUCAGUGCAGAACACCAAACUGGGUAUUUCAGAUUUCAUAUGAAUAUGGAAAACCAAUUUACCCAGUAGUAAACCAAUCAUUCCACGUGACACCAGUGAUGCCAUAUUCUGCUAACAAAUGGUGAAGGAGAUUUUACAAUUCCCCUGCUUCCUCAAAUGUAGAAAUAUGAUAAAAGAGUGCCUACUUCUUCAAACAACAAUACAAAGAAUCAGUGUAUCAAGUUGUUCUUUAUACUGUCAAAUAAUUACUCGCUGACAUUCAUGUUUUGAGGCAUUUCAGUACAUAUCUGGUAAGAGCUUUGGGAUUUUGCCAGAUUCUCUAGUUUUAAAAAGCAUUUAAGUGGUCAGUGAUUUAAAAAAUGACAAGGAAGAAGACUCUUUAGUGAUAUGUGAAGAAAUUAUUUGAAAUCCAUUCUGAUUGUUUCUGUCUAGCAAGAGGAGAUGGGUGAAUAAGUAUGUUCUUGCCUGUGUAAAAGUAAGACGAAUGAAUGUACAUGUCAACUUCUUUGCUAUUCCUCUGAUUGUAUUUAUAUUUGUGUAUAAAGUUUUGUUGUGGUUGCA